AUGUCGAGCACUAUCGGGCCGAGAGACAGUCUUUCCGACUAUGAAUUCAGCUUUGAGGCGUACCUUGACUAUACCACUGGAAUUGAAGUCGACAGUAUCUAUGAGUUCCACAAGGAGAACGGAAGGACAUACCACGCUUAUCGUGCCGGCUCCUACUACUAUCCCAAUGACUUGAUUGAGAUCGAACGGCUGAACACGCAACAUGAGACUCUCAAAAUCCUCUUAGACGGCAGGAGUUGCCUUGCCCCCUUUGAUGACGAAACCCCUCCGCGCAAGGUCCUUGAUAUCGCCACAGGCUCCGGCCACUGGGCUAUCGAUCUGGGGGAUGAGUUCCCAGAAGCUCGAAUCAUCGGUACAGACUUGUCUCCUAUUCAGAGCGAGCUGGUCCCUCCUAAUGUUGAAUUCAUAAUUGACGAUGCAACCGAUGAGUGGCCCCAAGGCAGGGACUGGUGUAACUUUGACCUGAUACACACCAGAGUAACUCUGGGCUGCUGGGCUGACAUGACUACACAAAUCAUUCAGCCGGCCUUCGAGCGGCUAAGGCCUGGUGGGUGGAUAGAAUGUCAAGAACUGGAGGGUCUUAUGGAGUGCGACGACGACUCGGUUACGGAAAACAACCCCUUCAAAAAGUGGUGCGAUGAUAUUGUCGACGCCAGCAUAGCCGCUGAUCGACCCUUGCCCGGUGCCGCCAGCAUAAAGCAAGCCCUCAAGGAGACUGGAUUUGUCGACAUCCAUGAAAAGAUCUACAAGAUUCCUAUCAACGGCUGGCCCAAAAACCGCAGGCUCAAGAGGUUUGGGGAGCUAUGGCAUGCGAAUGUGGCGGAAGGAUUACAGGCGCUCAGCUAUGGCUUGUUGCAUCGCGUUAAGGGCAUGACCAAGGAGGAGAUCGAGGUCAACCUCAUCGACGUGAGGAGAGCUUUAGCAGAUCACAGAAUGCACGGUUAUCAGAAGUUCUAUGUCGUAUGGGGCCGCAAGCCAGACGAGGUUGACAUGCCCUAG